AUGGAACAUAAGGAAGUAUUCCUUCUCCUUCUCUUAUUUCUGAAAGCAGGCCAAGGACAAUCGUUGGAUGGCUACGUCAAUACCCAGGGAGCUUCGCUGCUCAGUGUAACCAGGAAGCAGCUGGAAGCAGCGAGUAUAGAGGACUGUGCAGCAAAAUGUGAGGCCGAGACGGAGUUCGUGUGCAGGUCGUUCCAGUAUCACAGCAAAGAGCCACAGUGCGUAGUCAUGCCUGAGAACAGGAAGUCCUCGCUCAUCCUCAGGAGGAGAGACGUGGUUCUCUACGAAAAGGAAAUAUAUCUUUUAGAGUGCAAGACUGGGCGCGGAAGGAACUACCGAGGGACAGUGUCCAAGACCAGGACUGGCAUCCUCUGUCAGAAAUGGAAUGACAAUUACCCCCACGUGCCCAAGUUUGUACCUGAGGAAUACCCUGCGGAAGGCCUGGAGAAGAACUACUGUAGGAACCCCGACAAUGAUGUAGAGGGGCCCUGGUGCUACACAACGGACCCGAACAAGCGAUAUGAUUACUGUGACAUCCCAGAGUGUGAAGUUGAAUGUAUGCACUGCAGCGGAGAAAAUUAUGCAGGCAAGAUUUCCAGGACAAUGUCGGGAAUUGAGUGCCAGGCUUGGGACUCACAGACACCACAUGCUCACGGAUAUGUCCCAUCCAAAUUUCCCAACAAGAACUUGAAGAAUAAUUACUGCCGGAACCCCGAUGGUGAGCCACGGCCUUGGUGCUUCACCACCGACCCCAAAAAGCGUUGGGAGCUGUGCGACAUACCUCGCUGUGAAACACCCCCGCCCACUUCUGGUCCCACCCACCAGUGCCUGAAGGGGAAAGGUGAGAGCUACCGAGGGACCGUGGCUGUCACCAAAUCGGGGUUCACCUGUCAGCGCUGGAGUGAGCAGACCCCUCACCGCCACAACAGGACCCCGGAAAACUUCCCCUGCAAGGCUCUGGAUGAAAACUACUGUCGCAAUCCGGAUGGGGAAAAGGCUCCCUGGUGCUACACGACCAACAAUGAGACGAGGUGGGACUACUGUGACAUCCCCUCCUGUGACUCCUCCCCCGUGACCACGGACUCAGUGGAUAGCACAGCUUCUCUUCCCCCUGAGCAGACCCCGGUGGUCCAGGAGUGUUUCCAGGGUAACGGGCAGAGUUACCGAGGCACGUCAUCCACCACCGUUACAGGGCGGAAGUGUCAGUCCUGGACAUCCAUGAAACCACACAAGCACGAGAAGACCCCAGAAAACAUCCCCGACGCGGGCCUGACGAUGAACUACUGUAGGAACCCGGAUGGCGACAGCAGGCCGUGGUGCUACACCACGGACCCGAGAGUCCGGUGGGAGUAUUGCAACCUGCAGAGGUGCUCGGAGACUGUCCCUGGCCCUGCAGCGACCAUCCCUGUGGCCCAACCACCAAGAGCUGAGGCUACUGCGGAACCAGGUGUGAAGCCUGUGCCCCUGGGCAUGCAACCAUCUACUUUGUCUCUGGCAGACUGCAUGUUUGGCAUUGGCAGAGGAUAUCGGGGUAAGAAGGCCACCACUGCCGAUGGCACUCCCUGCCAGGGCUGGGCUGCCCAGGAGCCCCACAAGCACAGCAUCUUCACGCCAGAGUCAAACCCACGUGCAGCUCUGGAACGAAACUACUGCCGUAACCCUGACGGUGACACCAACGGGCCCUGGUGCUACACCAUGAACCCAAAGAAGCUGUUUGACUACUGUGACGUCCCUUUGUGCGCCUCCUCGCCCUUAGAAUGCGGGAAGCCCAAAGUGGAGCCAAAGAAAUGUUCGCAAAGAGUGGUCGGGGGCUGUGUGUCCUACCCACAUUCCUGGCCCUGGCAGAUCAGUCUUAGAACGAGGUUUGGACAGCACUUCUGCGGAGGCACUUUGAUCGACCCACAGUGGGUGGUGACCGCUGCACACUGCCUGGAGAGGAGCAAUGUUGCUUCAUCAUACAGGGUCAUCCUGGGGGCACACCAGGAGAAGAACUUGGAACCACACGUUCAGGACAUAAUUGUGGGAAAGAUAUUCUUGGAACCCUCACGGUCAGACAUUGCCCUGCUAAAGCUAAGCAGCCCUGCCGUCAUCACCAACCAGGUCAUCCCAGCUUGUCUGCCCGCCUCUAACUACAUGGUGGCUGACCGCACGGUAUGCUACAUCACCGGCUGGGGAGAGACCCAAGGAACCUCGGGUGCUGGCGUUCUUAAGGAAGCCCAGCUCCCAGUGAUUGAGAACAAGGUGUGCAAUCGGCCAGAGUUCCUGAACAGGAGAGUCAAGUCCACGGAGCUGUGUGCCGGGGAUCUGGUAGGCGGCACGGACAGCUGCCAGGGUGACAGUGGCGGGCCUCUGGUUUGCUUCGAGAAGGACAAAUACAUCCUACAGGGGGUGACCUCUUGGGGUCUUGGCUGUGCGCGUCCCAAUAAGCCUGGUGUCUACGUGCGCGUUUCAAGCUUUGUUGACUGGAUUAAAGGGGUGAUGAGAAAUAACUGAUG